GUAAAACAUCUAGAGGAGGUUGCACACAGCAUCGAAGGUUAAUCCCUCCUGUAUUUUGCUGCCCAGCUGUCACUUUAGAAGACAAUGAAGUGUUCAACCAAUCAACUGCGAAUCAUCGCCUUGAAUCUGUUGCUUUUCGUCUUCACUAGGACUGUGGCAUAUCCCCCGGGGAUAGAAGUUAUAAAUGUGACUUUCUGUGGCAACUACGAUAAGACAGCGAAAAUCAAAAUUUCUCCAUGGCCUUUCAUCCCUACUGGAGCUAUCGUUAAUUUAACAGUAAUAUUCACACCCGCUGUAGAUGUCCUUGAUGUCACUAUUGAAUACGAGUAUGGGUUAGAAUCGGAAAGCAAGGCGGUUAUUAGAGGCACGAAUGACCAUUUAUGCGAAAGCAUUCCAGACUUGUGCAACUUUCCUGCCGGUGAAACUCAAGUGAAGACUAUUUCUACAAAAUUAACAGAACUUCCACCAUUUUUGAAGACGCUGACCGUUAAAGCAAGAAAUCAAUUUUUCAAUGAAGAGUAUAUCAUGUUUCUCUGUUUUGAUGCGGUGUUCAAAGUGUACUAAAAGGCAAGAAUGAGUAGCUGACUCGCGAGGAGGAGGACAAAUUAAAGAAAUAGAUUAGACAGUAGGAUGGAAAAAUUUUUGUGUUAAAACUGCGAAAUGUCUCUGAUAACAACGACUUUAUGAUAUUGAUUAAGAGAAUUG